GUCAUGGCAGCCCCCAUCGAGAACACAUUUGUUCGUGAGGUAGAAACAAACACUGGUCAGUUCCUGAAGAUCCACCAGCUGGAGGUUGGUGAUGUCGGUUGUGUGGUAUGGGAUGCAGCACUAGUUCUUUCAAAAUACAUUGAAACGCCUGACUUUAAGAACGGUGAACUACUCCAAGGAAAGAAAAUCUUGGAGCUCGGAGCAGGCACUGGAUGUGUAGGAAUCAUGGCAGCUCACGUAGGAGGUGAUGCCAUAAUUACAGACUUACCAGAUUUUGUGCCUUUAAUUCAAAUGAACAUUGGAGAGAAUAGAGCUUUGUUAAAAGGCUCUGCAAGGGCACAACCUUUGACCUGGGGUCAGGACACAGUUGCAGAUUAUUACCAUUAUAUAUUUUUAGCUGAUUGUAUUUAUUAUGAUGAGUCCAUCGACCCUCUUGUGAAGACCCUUGUGGACCACUGUGGUGAGGAUACCAAGGUAUUCUGCUGUUAUGAAGAGAGAAUCACAGGGAACAAACCACAACUGCAGAGGAAAUUCUUUCAGCUCAUCAGUGAACAUUUUGACACAGAAGAAAUUCCUCUUGAACAUCAAGACAGCCAUUUCAGGAGUGAAGAUAUUCAUAUUUUUAGAUUUGUUCGAAAGAAGGCGUAGCACUGCUAAAUUAAUGAUGUGACUCUGCUGGUUAGAUGUAUUAUUCAAUACUGAACAUUCCAUGCACAUGACGUAAUAGACAAGUUGUCAUGAUCAUAUUCCAUGCACAUGACGUAAUAGACAAGUUGUCAGGAUCAUAUUCCAUGUACAUGACGUAAUAGACAAGUUGUCAUGAUCAUAUUCCAUGUACAUGAUGUAAUAGACAAGUUGUCAGGAUCAUAUUCCAUGCACAUGACAUAAUAGACAAGUUGUCAGGAUCAUAUUCCAUGCACAUGACGUAAUAGACAAGUUGUCAUGAUCAUAUUCCAUGUACAUGACGUAAUAGACAAGUUGUCAUGAUCACAUUCCAUGCACAUGACGUAAUAGACAAGUUGUCAGGAUCAUAUUCCAUGCACAUGACGUAAUAGACAAGUUGUCAUGAUCAUAUUCCAUGUACAUGACGUAAUAGACAAGUUGUCAUGAUCAUAUUCCAUGUACAUGACGUAAUAGACAAGUUGUCAUGAUCACAUUCCAUGCACAUGACGUAAUAGACAAGUUGUCAGGAUCAUAUUCCAUGCACAUGACGUAAUAGACAAGUUGUCAUGAUCACAUUCCAUGCACAUGAUGUAAUAGACAAGUUGUCAUGAUCACAUUCCAUGCACAUGACGUAAUAGACAAGUUGUCAUGAUCAUAUUCAACUACCAAGUACAGCAAAAAAUGCAAUUUAAAUUUUGUAUUAAAUGAUUAUUUAUAUCUAUACGAUUACGCUGAUACAGUUAAGGCCAAAGUAAUGCAAUUUUAUGUUUUGCGUCAGGUUAUAACUAAUAAAACCUAUCAGCCAGCAAAACAGAAUAAAAAAUACAGAAAUAGCACAGUCUAUUCAAAUACAUGUAUUUUGAGUAUGACAUGUUUCUAGCUGCAAUAAUGUAGCCCUAUCCAAUUUUUUUAAUUCUGACGUUUUCGGGAUAGGGCUACAAUUCCAUAGGAUCUCCGUAAUGGUGCAAAAUAAUUUUAUGAAUAACCGAUAAUAAACUCUGUGUAUUAGUCCCAAAUGUUAUUUACACCAAAAGGAGUACCAACUUUGUGCUCGGGCAUGUCUAAUAAAGGUGUUUUUCAUUAAAUAUAAUGUACAGCAUGCAAAAAUUCUUCGUCUGCUCCGCCAUGCUUGUUAUCGCGAGAUCUCGUAGGUGGAUCUAAUGAAAAAUCAGCGCGAAAAUGUAGUUACUCGAGCCACUUCGACAAAGAAAGGAAAAUCAUAUUGUUGCAGAAAGAAUUUACACUCUGCUGUUCGGUUUUUAACUUGAUAUUCGGUUUUUAACUUGAUAUUAAAUUCAAACCUUUUCAAUACCGACGAAAUAGAUUUCGCCUCCAUACUUGUCCAUUGAUGUAAAUACUACCUUAUAUGGCAUAUGCAAAUGACUUGACAAUCGGAAGUUUAUACUUCAGUACAUCAAACAUGGCGCACAAAUAUGAAUCGAGAAAUUGGAAUUUAUCGAAAUUGUUGAAAACGGUAGAAUAGGGCCUCACAAAUCUUAAGUUGCAGGUUGUAAAUUUAUAUAUUGACUAAGAAACAUAGAAUAUCAUUUUAUUUACGUAAAGAAAGUCAGGAAAUGUUUAGAAUGAGCGCAAAUGUUGCGGGAGUGAAUCACUCCCGCAUUUGCACUAUUACGGAGAUCCUAAGGAGUUGUAUCCCUCUCCCUAAAAAAAAAAAAAAAAAAAAAAAAAAAAAAAAAAUCAGAGAGGGCUACAUUAUUGCAGAUAGACAUGUUUCAAGUGACAAUUCUAUGUCAAGAUGAUAAAUUACAGGUAUUCAUGUUGAAACUCAGUAACUUUACAUUUUACAUGUAACAAGGUAUAUACGACAUGAAGUACAAAUAGAAUAUGACAUGCUUUUUUUUUUUUUUUUUUAGCUCUGGGUUUGAAAAGCAACACAGAAGCAACAUUGGUCUCAAUCUAAUUAAAAUCAGACUUCUUAGAUCCGCGCCGUAUACUCUGUGUAGCGAUUGUUAGCGUAUAUUAGGAUUUUAUUUUGAAUUAGAUUGCAUUACUCUGGCCUUUGUGAUGCCUGGAGUGCUUGAUCCACCUAUACUUGUAAUGAUUACUUAAUCUGGUGCCUAAAUGCUAAUUCUGUCUAUAGUCUUCAUACCACCCUGGUCAGAGCAUCACAUCUGCCGAUGAUAUUUUAUUUUAGAUCAGAUUACACAACACCUAACAAACCAGAUAAAAUACGUUUCAUUUAAUGUUUUGAAAAAUAAUUUUAUUUAGAUAUCAUCUGAAAUGUAAAUAUUAAAUAAAUUAUUUUACAACUAA